AUGGCUGAAAAUAUGACCAUUACUACAAUGGCGCAACCUAGCGAAUCACCGAGUAAAUCUGGGGAGGAAGCUCCUGCGAGCACUAACCCCGCGGCAACAUCUGCGCCGCCUCGACCCCCAAGAGUUCCCUAUCAUCAGAUCUACAAGCUCCCUGCGCCAAUCCGUACUUUCCCGCUGCCUACCUUCUACCCCAGCAACCCCCUUUCUCUCUUUCACCUUGCUGUCGCGUGGUUGAGACAAGUGCUAUUGCCUCCGCCCGCCGAACCGUCAGUGAUACAUGAGGGAAUAUGGGAUUCCGAUACUCGCUCCGUACACGUGAAGGAUCCUAAGUCUAUCCGCGCUCUGUGGGAACAGGGCUUCUAUGGAAAAGGAAGCUUGAGUCGUAGUGAACCCAACUGGUUCAAGAGAGAGCUUAGCCGCCGCGGUCUUGAUGGUACAACGGUUAGCGAAGAACGCACCGCGUCGCGCCGUGAAGAACGCAGGCAGGUUAAGUGGGAAAGAGCAAAGGCUGAGCUGGAGGCCAUCGAGAAGCAAAAGCUCGAGGAAGCCAAGCUGAACAGUGAGACUGUAAAUGCUGCUAUCCUAGAGCCUCUUGCCGCCGAGACUGAGCCCAAGCCUGAAGUUCUACUUGCCUCUCUUCCUGAUCAUGUCCUUUCUGCCACAUCGACCAUCCCGCUAUCACGGGCUGCGCCUACGAACGAGUUUGUUCCCAAGACAGUAGCACAUGGACAUGUCGAGCCGAAGCCACCGGUUGGCCCCCUGGAGCUGCUUGCGCUGCCAAACUCCUAUGCCCUUGUCCGCGGCGAGGAACCCGCACUAUCGCAACCUGAGCCGGCAACCACUGAAGAGAAUGUGCGCAAAGAACUCAAGCCGCCUGUUGGUCCCAUCGAGUUGUUGGCUCUCCCUAACUCUCUGGUCGAUCUUGUUGCACUAUCAGUCGUAUCCGUCUUGAGCGAGGAUGUCGGUGUUGAUGAAGAUGAGUCUUCUAUAGAGGACCAGUUGGAGGCAAGUGCCUUGACCAACGACGAACCCGAGACCAGCGCCACCGAAGCCAAUGAUACCACCUCUUCCUCAUCCCCUCCUCCUUCUACAGACGGACUGCCCGACAGCCAGCCAACACAGGAAGACAUCCUCGCCACUCCUGAAAGGAGGAAGAGUGUUCGCUUCUCUUCCACCGUCGAGUCUACCACCUUCCAGCACACCGAUGCAGCCUCUGAAGUCAAGAACAACAACGGGUCUUCUGACGUUGAAGCCUUCUCCUCUGUUGUCUCCGCCGUGGAAAAACCUUUCAUCUCCAAUGUCGAAUCUACCGUAUCGUCUCAAGAGUUGGUUGACAAGGAACACUUCCAACUGGCUCCUGAAGAGGCCUUCUUCCUGGCCUUUGGCCUCGGCGCUCUCCGUGUUAUCGACCCAGUUACCAAGGCUCCCAUCUCAAACGAACAGCUUCUCAUCAAGCUUCGUGCCAACUCUUACUUCCCUCCUCGGUCCGUCGAUAAAUUGAGCCCUGAGGAUCCCUUCCUUGUCCAGUAUGCCGUCUAUCACCACUUCCGCUCUCUUGGCUGGGUCCCCCGUCACGGUAUCAAGUUUGGCGUCGACUGGAUUAUCUACCAACGCGGCCCGGUCUUUGACCACUCUGAGUUCGGUAUCAUGGUGGUACCAUCAUUCUCCGAUCCUCGCUGGAGCGAGUUCGAGCACGAGGAGUCCAAGAAAACCUGGGCUUGGUUGAUGGGUGUCAACCGUGUGUUGUCCCAUGUGCUCAAGAGCUUGGUACUCGUCUAUGUCGACGUGCCGCCCCCUCUAGUGUUUGAUGAGGAAAUGAAGAAGGGUGGUAUUGCGGCUGCGCUCAAGAAGUUUACGAUUCGUGAGGUUAUGGUCAGGCGGUUCUCCGUCAACCGCAACAGGUAGCAAAAUUAAGAGGCAUGUUGGGGUCGACGAAGCAUGGGCACACCUAAACAGCAUUGCAUGGCGUCUGAGUUUUUCUUUUUGGGUUGUCUGACAGGAUGGGAAAAGGUUACAUAGACUGUAGCACCACUUGCAUGGCUAGAUUUCUAGUUUUCAACAGAGGAUGUUUCGAAAGA